AUGUCCGAAUCACCUCCGCCGCCUCCAUCCUGGACCAUUGGCAAUAUGGCCAACAGCGCAAUGAACUUUCUCCGUUUGCCAGUACUCGCCUCUUCCGGUCUAGCCGUGGUCGCAAGUGGAAUACUCUACUUUAAGCAGAAUGAAGCGAUCUAUCCCCGUAGUGUUCCUGCCGAUGCCCGAACCAACGUUCCAAGUCCUCUCCAGUUUAGAAUCGAAGACUUUGAAGAUUUGCAGAUCCCCACACCGGACGGGGAAACACUCCAUGCAUACUUCUUCCCCCAGCCCCAGGGUCGUCUCAAGCGCAACUUGACUAUUAUUAUGUUCCACGGCAAUGCUGGAAACAUUGGACAUCGUGUUCCCAUCGCCAGAGCCCUCCAAGACACCCUGCAUUGUAAUGUCUUCAUGUUAGAAUACCGAGGCUAUGGAAAAUCGACUGGUGCACCCGAUGAAGUGGGAUUAAAGGUUGAUGCUCAGGCUGGUUUGGAUUACCUGCUCCAACGCGCCGACACAAAAGACACAAAGAUUGUCGCAUAUGGACAAAGCUUAGGCGGCUCCGUGGCUAUCAAUCUGGUCAACACCAAUCAAGAGCAUUUCGCAGGCUUGAUACUGGAAAAUACCUUCCUUAGCAUUCGCAAAUUGAUUCCAGUACUCGUUCCUCCCGCUCGCUAUCUAGCCCGCUUCUGCCAUCAAACCUGGCAAAGUGAAGACUGGCUGCCACAGAUCCAAAAAGUCCCAAUCCUAUUCCUAAGUGGAUUAAAAGAUGAACUUGUACCACCUUCGCACAUGACCGGAUUAUUUGCUCUCUGCCAAUCAGAAACCAAAAUCUGGCGCACCCUAGCCAACGGCGCUCAUAAUGACUCUGUAGCCGAACCAGGCUAUUUCGAACACGUCCUCGGAUUCAUUACCGAAGAAGUGAUGGAUGAUUAG